UUCCAUUUCAAUUCUCUACAACUCACCUUUAAAUCCUUCUCCUCCCAAUUCCCAUCAUCAUCAUCAUCCAAACAAGCCUACCAACUGUUCGAUGUUUUGACCUCUGCAACGACUAACAAUGGCGGUCGAAAUCUUCUUCCCCGACAGCCCCAGUGCCGAGCUGAUCAGCCCUCGAAUCUCAUUCUCCCACGAUCUCCGAAACGACGCUGUUCCAAUCGAGCACUACGUCCCUUCGUCUUCCUCCUCCAGCAUCGACUUCGACUUCUGCGUUUUCCGCGACGAAUCGUCCUCCGCCGACGAGCUCUUCUCCGACGGCAAAAUCCUCCCGAUCGAAAUCAAAAAGCGAUCGCCACCGUCGAUUCUCAGAUCGGCGGCACCUCCACUUCCCCCGCCGCCGCGGAUGAAUCCGACGAUUUCCGGUUCGGAGAAGCAGAAUCCGAGGCCGGCGACGUCGUUUUGGCGGUUCAAGCGGAGCGCGAGCUUGAACUGCGGCAGCGGCUACGCGAGGACGCUGUGCCCGCUGCCGCUUCUGUCGCGCAGCAACUCGACCGGGUCCACGGCUAGCGUGAAGCGGAGUAAUCAGAAGCAGAAUUUUCAGAAAUGCGCGUUGCCAAACAGCGCCUUGAAGGAGUUUCCGUCAAGUAACUACCGUAAACCGCCGGCGAAGAAGGUCGGCUACUAUUCGUACAAUGGCGCCGUUAAAGUUAACCCCGUUUUGAACGUUCCGUCUGCGAAUCUGUUUGGGUUGGGCUCUAUAUUUUCCGGUGGAAGGGAUAAGGGCAAGAAGAAGGGAUUCUUUUUAAUUUAGAUUUUAAUAAUUUUUCCAUGCUUAGCACAAAAAAAAGCUAUUAAAAAAAUAAAAUGUUUAAUGAGGAAAAUAAGAUUUGCAUAUUUACAGGUGAAA